AUGCCUACUGAGAGCCCUUCUCAUAGUGGAUAUCCUCCCAAGGAUCAUCCACAGGUCGAGAACAUUGAAGAUCCCGCUGCUUCGUCAAAUGAUGCUCCUAUCGUCUUUCUAGAUGAGGAGAUCUCAUACGGAAAAGGCGGCAUUCGCGGCGUCGUCCAAUCGCCCUACAUCUUCGGCGCUGCAUUCUUAGCAUCCAUGGGAGGCUUUUCCUUUGGAUAUGACCAAGGAGUCAUCUCACUAGUCAACGUGAUGAGUCAGUUUCAUGAGGCCUUCCCUCGCUCUGAGACUGCAUUUGGCAAAGGCCUCAUGACAGGCAUGCUAGAGCUUGGGGCUUUCAUUGGAUGCCUCUUCAUGCCCACCCUCGCCGAUAAAAUCUCGCGCAAAAAGGCUCUUUCGAUCGUUGUAGUCAUCUUCAACAUUGGCGCUAUCAUGCAAACUGCGGCCAACUCCUACGGCCUUCUGGUUGCUGGAAGAACCAUAGGUGGUAUUGGUGUCGGGACACUUGCAAUGGGUGCCCCAAUCUAUAUCUCCGAAGUCGCGCCUCCCAACCUGAGAGGAACCCUACUUGUCCUUGAGUCGGUCUCAUGUAUCCUGGGCGUGGUAGUAUCCUUUUGGAUCACAUAUGGUACCCGCAAUCUCCCCGGCGAGCUCUCUUUCCGACUACCAUUUAGCCUUCAGAUGGUAUGCAGCACUAUUUUCGGUAUCGGAAUCCAUUUCUUUCCCUAUUCGCCACGAUGGCUCGCUCUUGUCGAUCGAUCGGACGAUGCACUGCUAAGCUUAGAAAGGCUCCGCCGACUCCCCAGAACCGAUCCUCGUGUCGAGAAAGAACACAUUGGUGUAAUGAAUGAAGUGGCCCUGCAGAAGAUCAUGCAAGAGAAGCGACACCCAGGCGUGAGUGGCCUCAAGCUUGAGAUUCUCGGCUGGAAGGAUCUUUUCCAGAAGAAGUCAUGGCAUCGAACUUCCAUCGCCGUUGGUGUGGCCUUCUUCCAGCAGCUUUCGGGCAUCAACGCAUUCAUCUACUAUGCUCCUACACUGUUUCAGUCGUUGGGCCAAUCAUCUGAGAUGUCAGUGAUCAUGUCUGGUGUCUUCAAUAUGUUGCAGCUUGUUGCAGUGACGGUUUGUUUUUUUAUCAUCGACAAGGUUGGACGACGACCACUUGCAAUUUGGGGCGGCAUUGGAGGAGGCACAGCAUGGGGCAUCAUGGCAGUUCUGGUUGGUGUGUAUAACGACAAGUGGAGUUCCAACUCAUCCGCAGGCUGGGCUGCUGUGGCAAUGGCCUUUUGCUUCAUCCUCAUCUACGGAGUCUCCUACGCUCCAUUGGGCUGGGCUCUUCCUGCUGAGGUCUUCCCCAAUGCCUCCAGGUCUAAAGGAGUAGCUCUUGCUACAGCCACGAGCAUCGGGUUCGGUGUCUAUAUCUUCUUCGGGUCUUGGUGUUUCAUCGCGGCUGUUUGGGCGUUCUUCCUGGUCCCAGAGACCAAGGGGAAGACGUUGGAGCAGAUGGACGAGAUCUUCGGUGACCAUGCAGGUCAGGAGGAGUUGGAAAUCAUGCAGUCCAGAAUGGGUAUUGCUGAGUAUGGGCUGAAGAAGGAUGUGUUGCAGGUCUGA